AUGUGCGGCGCUAUAAUCUCCACUGGUUCUUUAUGCUCUAGAGUCUCCAUUGGUCCUGGUUUGGUUUAUGUCUUGAACCGUCCUCGUUCGCCUAGAAUAGUCUUGAAAUUCGAGACUGUGUGUCCAGCACCAUACAUGCCUCCAUCGUCUGGACAAGACGGAAGUAGUGAUGGCGUCCUCGGUGGGAACAAAGGAGAGAAUAUGGAGGAGGAUCUCAUCUGGCAUAGAGCUGAGGAUAUCAACACCGUCCACUGUUUCGGCAGCUGGUUUGAUUUCGUCGGGCGAAUCGGAGCGGUGGCUCACGAUUCCACUCGCGGCAGUGCUUCAACCGUCUCCGUCUCGGGCCUCAUCCGCCAUCUUUAA